UGCAUAUUGAUUUUUUUUCAUUAACUAAAAUUCGGUCUACAAUGGUGUGAAUUAUUGAUAGACUGCUAUAAAUCUACAUUUGUUUGACAGUCUAUGUAAUCGGCAUGCAAAGGCUUGCUUGAGUCAAUAUCACUAUCUCUGAACUUCAACCAUAAGAAAGCGAUCCACACUGUUGAUUACCUAUAUGUUUGUCAUUCACUUCCUUUGGGAUUUGGGAAGACCAUAUAAUAAGGCCCCCUCUACCUUCCUGUUCUAUCCAGCACACCCAUCGAGACGAAGGAAGUCUCAUCAUAUGCGCACAUGGGCGCAGAAAUGAAUAUUUAUAGCCAUGCUAUUAACAUUGUUAUCAUUUCAGUAAUUGGAAUUCUUUUUCGUUCUCUUACUGUUAAUGCAACAGCCAUAGAUAUGUCCACCGCCAUUCUUUUAAGGGUCGAUCAGGCUGGCAAUGGGGAUUUUAGGAAGAUACAAGAUGCUGUUGACGCUGUUCCAUCUAAUAACUCUGCACUUUAUUUCAUUUGGGUUAAGCCAGGGACAUACAGAGAAAAGAUUGUUGUGCCUGGUGAUAAGCCAUUUAUAACAUUAAGUGGCACUCAGGCCUCUGAUACCAUAAUAACAUGGAGUGACAGCGGGGAGAUAUUUGAUUCUGCAACGCUCACUGUAUUGGCUUCUGACUUUGUUGGACGCAAUCUCACAAUUCAGAACACAUAUGGGACGUCUGGCAAGGCUGUUGCAAUGAGGGUAUCAGGAGACAGAGCUGCAUUCUAUGGAUGCAGGAUUCUCUCCUAUCAAGAUACUCUCCUAGAUGAUGCUGGAAAGCAUUAUUUCAGCAAUUGCUACAAUGAAGGAGCCACAGAUUUUGUGUGUGGAAAUGCUGCCUCCCUUUAUGAAAGGUGCCAUUUGCAUUCCCUUUCAACAGGAAACGGGUCUAUCACUGCUCAACGCAGGAUUUCACCGUCAGAGAAUACUGGCUUCACUUUCUUGUGUUGCAAGAUCACUGGCAUUGGCGCUGCUUUCCUUGGAAGGCCGUGGGGUGCUUAUUCUCGUGUAGUCUUUGCCCUGACCUACAUGUCCAGUGUGAUAGUCCCACAAGGAUGGGAUGACUGGCAAGACCAAAGCAAGCAUUGUACUGUGUAUUAUGGGGAAUACAAGUGCAAUGGUCCCGGGGCUGAUACAUCGAAGAGGGUUCAGUGGUCGCACCGCCUAUCACAUGAUGAAGCUGCACCAUUUCUGACCAAGGACAUAAUUGGAGGGAGAGGGUGGCUUAGACCUGCACCAACCAAUUUCAAAAGUCGCCCAAGUACCAUUUCCACUGUGGUUGAUGAAAAUAAUUAAAUUCAUUAUUGUAUUAAAUUUUACCGAACGCAUUGAUUGAUGUAUAAGCAGUCUACAAAAGACAAGUCUUAUAUUCGAUAUGGCUGUUGUCAUGCACUUAAAAAACAUUUUGAACAAGCCACAGCAGCUGGAAUUUCUUAACACUUUUUCUUAAUGGUAAAGCUCACCAGCUCAGGGUGACCAUGUUUGGUUUUAAGUAGCUGUCAUGUUUAUUCUCAAAACUAUAUUUUCAUCAAUAACAUAUGGUUUUACUGUUUUCCCUUCAAGCCCCUAUAUAUCAUAUUUUG